AUGGUAGCAAAGGUCCUGAUAUUUGCUGGAGCGCCAGCCAGUGACAGUCUUGAUUGGACGUCAACAUUACUGCUUAACCAUCUCAUAGAGCCCAUCGCCCACUUCGCCGGCCAGCCGUAUGAGGCGAAUCCCAGGAAUGACACAACCACCAUAUCUAUUCUGGAACAUGCAGUAUGGAGGUCCUUGCCAUUGAACAGGCGCAAGGCGGCGACGGCCCUGGGGGAUGCUACACAGCCAGGCUAUGAUAAUCCAUGGCAGGCCCCGCGGUACUCGAGCCAAGAAGAUACCGAUUUCUUUACCACAGGGGACAUAACCCACCAGAACAAUACGGAGACUUCAUUCCGGUCCUCCGCCUCGGAUCAGAGCGAUGGCAGCCAACAACAGCUGUUCUCGCAGUUUUGCGAAAAGUCGCUGGCGGUGCAUGACGACAUACCCUCUUCUGAACUGGAUGCCGUCUCCUCCAGCCAAGAGCAGUCCUCCUUCCUCACAGAGUCAUCUACAUCAUUUUUAUCCGCGCCUCACAGUGGCGAGUUCUCCCCUCGGCCUCCGCUGCAGCCAGCCUUUGCCCCUGGAGCACAUAUUAGCGAUCUGGCCGAUCUUCCCUCUGCCGCCCACAUUGAGAGCAUCCACCCACAGACCAUGACGGUCAACCUUGUCGUCGGUGUCAUCUCCAUCGAGCCGGUGCGCCAGGUCCGCACCCGCUGGGGCGGCACGCGAACCUUGGCUGAGGUUGUGGUGGGCGACGAGACCAAGUCGGGCUUCAGCAUUACCUUCUGGUUUGAUCCGGACUCGGCGGCAGCUGCAACGGCCCGCAAUCCGCUCGAGGACCUCCGCCGUCAGGACGUGAUCAUGGUCCGCAACGUCGCCCUCCACACCUUUAUGCGCAAGGUGCACGGUCAGGGUUUGAGGAGGGCCGUGACCAAGGUGCACCUGCUGCACAGGAGGCGGCUUGCUGCCGACGACGAUGGUGGCUGCUACUCAGCUGCCGAGCUGGCUUCUUGCGUAAGGAAUCCCGCCGCCCAUCCGCAGCUUCAAAAGACGACUCGGGUCAGGGAAUGGGUUACAAGGUUUGUAGCCGGCAGCGGAACCAAGUUCCAAGGUGGUAAGCGCAAGAGAGAAGCGCAAGGACUGCGUGCAUGGGACGUACCGCCUCCACAUGACACCCAGUAA